AUGCAGUUCUCCAGUCUCCAACAAACCCACAUUUCUUCAAGCCUCUUCUUCCCGGCUUUCACUCGCACAUGGUUCUCUCUACUCUUGUCUCUCUGUGUCCUCUUCAAUGAGUAUUUGCUUAUUGUAAGAGAUGGUUUCGUUUGUUUUUUUUUUCUUUUCUUUUGCAUGUUGCAGAACAUUCCUGUAGCCUUCUUCUCAAAGCAUCUCCAAGGAAGAAACGGAGACAAGACUGCAAAACUGAGAUCAGAUGCUUCAGAUAGGACUUGGGAAGUGGUAAUCGACGGCCGGAGACUCACCGGAGGAUGGAAAGAAUUCGUCACAACUCAUGAUCUUCGUGCUGGAGAUGUUCUUGUUUUCAGACACGAGGGAGAUCUUGUGUUUCAUGUCACUGCAUUGGGACCUAGUUGCUGUGAGGCUGAAUACACAACCCUUGAUGACUGUGAUGAACAUAAAGACACCGUUGCUUCAAGAAUCAAACCAAUGAAGAAGAGAGCAAAGAAUAACCCAAUGAAAGAAGAUUAUUCUUCAUCAGACCAUUCUUGUUUUGUAGCCAAUGUCACAGUCUCAAGCCUGCAUGAAGAUAAACUGUAUGUUCCAGUUAGUUUUGUGAGGUCAAACGGUUUGAGCAAUACCUACUGUAAUAUCGAUCUUCUUAACGAAAUGGGAAGGUCAUGGAAGUUAAAUUUGGUUCACAACAAAAAAGGGUCUUAUCUUAGACAUGGCUGGAGAACAUUCUGCAGUGCCAAUGGGAUUAAUGAAGGUCGCUAUACAUUCAAACUGGUCCUAAAAUCAGAAACGCCUGCUAUACGUUUGUACCAUUCAGAACAUAGACAUGAGAACGAUACACAUUCAUAUCUAGUGGGAUCUAUCACGCCUUCAAGCCUACGUAACGAUGCGCUGUAUCUUUCAAGGCGGUUUGUGAACUCAAAUGGUCUGAUGAAGGGAAGAUGUUGUGAGAUGAUUCUAAAGAAUGCUAACGGUGGAACAUGGUGUUUAGUUUUGAGACGCAACGAAACAAACGAGACAACUGUUAUCUCAGGAGGAUGGAGAAGUUUCUGCCAGACAAACGGUUUAAAAGUUAGAGAUCCCUUCAGGUUUAAACUAGUUGGAACCAGAGAACAGCCUGUUCUUCAGUUGUGUCCUGCUGAAUCAACCGCAAGAGAAGGGAUGUAGAGUAUUCAGAAGGUAAUUAUGUACAUACACUUUCUAAGAGGGAGGCUCACCUUCACCUUGUCAGAACCGAUUUGUGACAUUAACUGUUACACAGUACUCUAUUAAAAGCAAUAAACUGAGGCUUCCACUGCGUUUCACGCGGGUGAAUGGCAUCAACAAAGCAGGGAAGAUAACUCUGAUGGGUCAAGACGGAGUAAACUGGAUGGUGCGUCUUACGAAUGAAAACAAAUGUGGAAGAAUGAGACUAGGAAGAGGCUGGAAAGGAUUUUGUGAAGCUCAUGGUGUGAAGCUAGGAGAGUCCUUUGUGUUGGAACUCAUGCGGAAGAAAGAUGCAUGUCCUGUGCUUAAGUUCGGUAAGAGAGUACAUUGUGUAUGAGAUUGUUGUUUCAAACAUGGAAGAUUGGUUCACUUUUGUAUGUCUGCUUUGAUUCCCCUUUUUGUACCACUUGUUAAACCUAAUCGGAAAAGAUAAUGAGGCUGGUGAUUGAAAGUUAAGGCAAGUUCCAAGCCUCAAAUGUGCCACAUUUACUUGUGGUUUCUGUAUAUUAUACAUUCUUUUUAAAAUUAACCUUUGAUGUCAAAAAACUAA